GAAGGAUACUGCAAAAUCUCCAUUCCCUCCCCACUCCCGGGGGAAGGAUACUGCAAAAUCCCCAUUCCCUCCCCAUUCAAGGGGAAGCAUAUUGCAAAAUCUCCAUUCCCACCUCACCCCACUCUGGGGCCAGCCAGAGGUGGUAUUUGCCAGUUCUCCGAACUGCUCAAAAUUUACGCUACUGGUUCGCCAGAACCUGCUGGAUUUCAUCCCUGGUUUGGGCCUACAUGUUACUAUCAACUCGCAUCACGCUUGCAGAUCCUAAGUUACCGCUCUUAGUGAGUCAUUCAAGUUCAAACUUCCGCCGAACAGGAUCAGUUUGAAAAGACCGAGAAGGGAUUCAUUUGAAGAUGUGAGCAAACAGCGAAGGAAGUUCUCCAAAGUUCUUGAUUUACCUCCUAGAGAAGUUGGUAAAGGGAGAGCUGAGUGGAAGGGAGCUUCGUUUCUUCUCCCUGAACCCAUCCACGCUGUUCUCGACGGUCCGUGCAAAGCGAGCCUAGCUUGUUCAGUCAAAACAGUUCCCCAGCGAGGGAGGAUUUGGGAUUUCAUGCUCUGAGAUUGGCUCUCUGGUGUCGUCUUCUCUCCACCCUCCAAAACAAACUCUGCCCAGGAACUCUGCAUUACAGGAAACAUCUGUUGUGGAUGGGAGGGCCGAGGCUGGGUUACUCCAGGGCAUUGGCCAACAGAAUCACCCAGAGGCUGAAAUGUAAGGCAUGUGCUCAACGUUUCGUUGUCUUUUCCCCACCCGUUUCUUCUACGAGAAGUAGGAAAAAAAAAAAACACAAAUAAAUAAGCCAAGAGCAAAAACUGUCUCUUCGGAGAAGAGAGGAAACAAGGAAAGUCCCCCGUUUGUGAGUUCAGAAAUUACGAUUGUGCUCAUCCUGGACUCAGAGAGGGGAGAACUCCGAACCAGAAGGAAUAUUUGCAGCUCCUCCAAAGAUAAAAGUCCCAGAUUUGAGAAGAUUCUUGCAAGAUUGAUUUUUUUUUUUUUUUUUUGAAGAAACCUCUGAAGUGCAGUUGGCUCCUGACGGAUUUGGUUGAUGCUUUCUUGCCACUGUUUUAGAAUUGUGAAGAUUUGACACCGUUCAAUCCUCUGGGAUUAGAAGCAUGAUCCCCUUCAGCUUGAUCCCGCACACAACUUUUUUCCAGAGAGCAGAAACAUUGGAGUUCUUCCAGCUCGCACCUUUGUGAAGGCAGCGUGGUGAAACCAGGGAGCUGUGAUUGGACACGAAGGUGGAACAAACGUAGUCUUCUUAAAUUGUCCACCAGAGGUGGAUUGCUUUCUCUACCCUCUUGGCUUCUCCAAAAAAACUCACACAUAAGUGGAUGGGGGAAAUUGGUCUAGUGCCCUCAAGCAAGUGCCCACUGUGAGUUUCUUAUUUUGGUGACAGUUGUUGUGCAAAGUGAAGGACGUUUGUCCUGCGUGCCGGUGAAGACUGAAGAACGAAAGACGUUGCUGCAGCUAUGGAGGUCCUCUCCGAAUGCGGGAUUCUUUCGAGCCUUCUCUUAGAAAUGGAGGACCAGUGUCUGCUGUCUCACUUGGAAUGGCUGUACGAUUUUCCUGAAGAUUAUCGUGAUUCAGCCUGGGAAGAAAUUCCAGCUGUGUUGAGUCCAACCUACAAACAACGGAAUGAAGACUUCAGGAAACUUUUCAAACAGCUUCCCGAGACGGAGCGCCUCAUUGUUGAUUACUCCUGUGCCCUUCAAAGAGAUAUUCUCUUGCAAGGUCGACUCUACCUCUCUGAAAACUGGAUCUGUUUCUACAGCAACAUCUUCCGCUGGGAAACCUUGUUGACCGUCCGUUUGAAGGACAUCUGCACCAUGACCAAGGAGAAAACUGCACGGCUCAUUCCUAAUGCUAUCCAAGUUUGCACAGACACUGAAAAGCACUUUUUCACUUCCUUUGGUGCCCGGGAUAGGACGUACAUGAUGAUGUUUCGCCUCUGGCAGAAUGCCCUCCUUGAAAAGCCCUUGUGUCCAAAGGAGCUUUGGCAUUUUGUACAUCAGUGUUACGGCAAUGAGCUGGGGUUGACGAGCGAUGAUGAAGAUUACGUUCCCCCUGAUGAAGAUUUCAACACCAUGGGUUACUGUGAGGAGAUCCCUGUGGAAGAAAACGAAGUCAACGACAGCUCCUCCAAAAGUAGCACGGAGGUCAAAGCUGAAGUGAGCCCUCAGCUUCCCAAGAAGUCUCUUACUAACAGCAGCACGUUGACUCCUACAACAAACAAUGAAGCUCCGAUCCCGUAUGAAGGGGUAGUUCCUGAAGAAGAAGAGGUUCUGGACACACUGGCUGAGAAGGAGAUGACAAUUGCAAACCUCAUUGGAGACAAGAUUGACAUCAUCGCCCCUGUGAAUUCUCCUUCCCUGGAUUUCAAUGACAAUGAGGACAUUCCAACUGAACUCAGUGACUCCUCCGAGACUCAUGAUGAAGGUGCUUGGCUGGCAUCCACAGGGGAGGUCCAGGCCUUUUAUGAUGAUCUGAAUGGACGACAAUACAUGAAUGAAGUCUUCAACUUUAGCGUGGAUAAACUCUAUGAUCUGCUCUUCACAAACUCUCAGUUCUUAAGGGAUUUCAUGGAGCAACGACGGUUUUCUGAUGUUAUUUUUCAUCCGUGGAAGAAGGAAGAAACUGGCAAUCAAAGCAGAGUUAUUCUCUACACCAUCACCCUCACAAAUCCCCUGGCUCCAAAAACUGCCACCGUUACUGAAACUCAGACAAUGUACAAAGCCAGCCAGGAAAGCGAGUGCUAUGUUAUAGAUGCCGAGGUGCUAACUCAUGAUGUUCCCUACCACGAUUAUUUCUACACAAUUAAUCGUUACACAUUGACACGUGUUGCUAGGAACAAAUGUCGACUCAGGGUUUCUACAGAGCUACGUUACAGAAAACAGCCCUGGGGUUUAGUGAAAUCCUUCAUUGAGAAGAACUUCUGGAGCGGUCUUGAUGACUAUUUUCGCCACUUAGAGAGUGAAUUGACCAAAACCGAAAGUUUGUAUCUAGCAGAACUUCACAGACAGUCACCCAAAGAGAAGGCGAACAAACAAUCCAUAGUGCGACGGAGGAAACGGCCCCAUACACACUUGAGGGUGCCUCAUCUGGAGGAAGUACUGAGCCCUGUUACCACUCCCACAGAUGAGGAGGUUGUAGGUCGAAUCAAACGUGUGGCAGGUUCCACUCAAACACGGCACAUCCCUGAAGAAAGUUCCAGCAGCUUCCACUUGCAGAGUGUCUCCAAAUUACUGCUCGUUAUUAGUUGUGUUUUGGUGCUUUUGGUCAUCCUUAAUCUGUUGCUGUUCUACAAGCUGUGGAUGCUGGAAUACACCACUCAGACCUUGACGGCAUGGCAGGGGCUUCGUUUACAGGAAAGGUUACCCCAAUCUCAGACUGAGUGGGCCCAGUUAUUAGAGUCCCAGCAGAAAUAUCACGACACAGAGCUCCAAAAAUGGCGAGAGAUCAUCAAAUCAUCAGUGGUUCUUUUAGAUCAGAUGAAGGAUUCCCUCAUCAACCUUCAGAAAGGCAUCGGCUCUCGCGAAUAUCGGUCCGAGUCAGAUGAGAAACGGAAACGGUUCUACUAGCAGGCGGGAACACACGUGGCCAGAGGAUUGCGUGCAAUAUAUGUACAUAGAGAAUGAAUAUAUAGAGAAUUAUAUAUAUUCAUCAUCUCCAGAUUUUUACGGAAGAAAGAAACAUCUGGCGUAGCGAGAGGAGAAACACGGUGCCGACUGAACUCUUAAGCACUGGAUGGAAUCAGGAACGUCACUAAGGAAGGGCCAGAAUGUGAUGGAGCAAUUGGGCUUUUCCGGCACUGAGGCAUUGUGGGAAAAUCCACUCUGGCCCUCCUGGAUUCAUGCAUCUUUCUAGGCAUUUUCCUGGCUCUUUAUUUGUUUGCCUGCCUCUCUUUGGCGGGAGCGGGGAAGACGUAGGAAGCUCCUUUGGAGCUGAUCUUUAACUAGUCUUGGCACAAAUGGCCUAUUUGUUCUGGCAUGGAGGAACUGUUGUGUUAUUUUUCUCGGCAAGAAUGCGGUUGGCCGGCUUUCCCCCCACCCCCACCCCCCCGGGCGAGUCUUCAAGCCGGCUGCCAAACAGAGCAUUGUUGCUUGUUUUCCACCCAAAGGGUCCCUUUGCAGGAUCUCUCUUUCGUUGGCAAGUGGACUUGGGCACAUGCUUCCCCCCCCUACCCACGCUGCUACUUUGGCGGAGAACGGGCCGCCCCGGCGUGCGACAGGACGAGUUUGUUUGAGGAGACGAGACAGGAAGCUUGUUGUGCGUGCACGCAUGGAAGGGCCUUGUGUGCAGCUCACUCAGGUGCUAACUCCCUUUGUGUAGGACGAGUUCCCCCAUGUGGCCAUCGUUGGCCACAACGAUGGCGACUUUGCAACUUGUGGAUUUUGACUUCCCAGAAUAUCUGGCUAAAGGAAUUCUGGGAGUUGGAAGUCCACAGGUCAUAAAGUUGCCAUGAUUGGCCAUUCUUGAGUCAUGUUUUGUUCCUUUCCUUGUUUCAGCUUGAUGGCCUCUUCUCUGGUGGUGGUUGUCGUAUCCUUUGACCUUUGCAGCUUCAAGUAGUUACUCAAGGGAGAGCUGUCGCUCUGCUUAAAGGGCUAUCUGUAUCUUGCAGAGAUACCAAUGGAGACCCACAUCAAGGGAGCUUGAACUGCUCUCGUGUGUAAAUGUCCACAGCAAAACAAAACAAAAAAAAAGGCAACAACAGAUUGAGCCGCAACCCAGGAACUUGCCUCAGCUCACCAAGGGAUUUUUAAAAUGUCUGCUUUGAAGUCUUUGUUCCAGAUCUUUUUUAUUUAUUUAAGCCGUCUUGUUUCUUGUACCCAUGUCAAGAUGGAGAGUUGAGGAGGAAGCAUAAGGAGAAAUAAUUUUGCUUUCUGUACUGAGAGAUGGGCUUCACUUUGUUGUGUCUGUCAGCUUGCAUUCAUUCACACGAAGCUCUUGUAAAAAUUUGAAGGACACUUCCGAAGGUGCAUUCAGCAACUGCUCGACGCAGUUCCUCCUCAGCAGCUGAUUUCAAAUGCAAGAAUGCAUUUUAAUCCUUUAAAGCAGGGGCGUCCAACCUCGGCAACUUUGAAGACUUGUGGACUUCAACUCCCAGCAUUCCCUAGCCAGCUUUCCGUGUUGGCCUGGAGAAUUCUGGGAGUUGAAGUCCAACCAGUCUGCGAGUCUUAAAAGUUGCUGAGGUUGGAUUCCCCCUGCUUUAAAGAAAGUCCUUCUCGGUGGUCCUUAAGCGAUCAGAGGCCAAAGCAUCGCAGCUCCGCAAAACACAGGCACGAGAACAUAUGUUGGCUGAGCUGUGAACAAGAAAAUACAAAAGCGUUUUAUUUUUUAGGACUUUUCCUUGGGGG